AUGUCUUUCCUAGGAUUCGGCGGCGGUCAACCUCAGUUAUCAUCCCAGCAAAAGAUUCAAGCUGCGGAGGCUGAAUUGGAUUUAGUUACUGAUAUGUUUAAUAAGUUGGUUAACAACUGUUAUAAGAAAUGUAUCAAUACUUCCUACUCCGAGGGUGAACUAAACAAGAACGAAUCUACGUGCUUAGACAGGUGUGUGGCUAAAUACUUUGAAACCAACGUUCAGGUCGGUGAAAAUAUGCAAAAAAUGGGCCAGUCCUUUAACACGGCAGGUAAAUUUUAG